AUGCUGGUUUUAAGAAACACGGUAAAUUGUGGUUUGAGAUUGAGGCGCAUUACGAGGGCAAGCGUAUUAAAUAUGCCAACAGCUUGUAUUGUUAUAAUAGCAGAUGAGGUUCUCAACAGCAAGAUUACAGAUACCAACUGUAGGUUCUUUGCGAAGUACUGCUAUCGGUCAGGAAUAUCAUUGAAGGAAAUAGUCACAAUUGGAGACAGCAAAGAACAGAUCAUAGAGACUUUAAAAAGGGUUCGGAAUAAUUAUGAUCUAAUAGUUACUUCAGGUGGGAUAGGGCCUACGCAUGACGAUAUAACAUACGAGUCAAUAGCGGAGAGUUUUGGUCUACCAGUGAAGCUUAAUCUAGAGUGUCAAGAGCGUAUGAGGAGAUUAUCGAACCCUGAGUCUCUUCAUUCUGGGGAAGCACUAAAAGAUUAUUAUCGUAUGGCGACUCUGCCAUUUGGAGAUAAUGUUCACAAUUACUAUGUUUUUGAUAAUCUAUGGGUUCCAGUGUGUUCUAUUAAUAAGCAGGUUUAUAUAUUGCCUGGGAUACCGCAAUUAUUUGAGCGACUUGUGGAGGCUAUGACGGCAGUGUGGAAAGAAACUUAUAAUAUAGAUCUCGAAGGGGGUAGUUCUUUCAAACGUUAUUUCGUUAAGACGGCACGCAGAGAGUCUGCGAUAUCAUCUUACUUACGUGCAAUUCAGGAGGAGGCAUACAAAGUGUGUCCAGAUAUAAACAUUGGUUCAUACCCACAUUAUGGAAUGGGGUUUAAUACUGUUAGUAUUUCUGGAAGUCAGAAGGACGAUGAAUUUUUGAGGUCGCUCGCCGCUAGAACGGCUAAGUCCCUUGAUGGGACAGAGAUCUCAGAAGAAGAAGAAAGUAAGUAUUCGGAAACUAGAGCUGCGGCUGAGUAA